CGCCGAUACCACCCUUGAUGUCCGGCCUAAAGCAGAGUUUGUUAAUGGAGAUUCAAUCUGCGAAAAGCGGUGACGUUCCAGAGGCUGUAAGGCUGGUCGGGUUUGAAGGGGAUCUUUGUGGCUUGAGCAAAUUUGGAGCUCUGCGUAAUCUGCAUUUCAUCUUAAAAGUCGAUCUCGUUGCACUUCCGCUAUCGGCACCUCGUGGGAGUUACAGUCCGUUGGAGAAGUUCGAUUGGUUGGACUUGCAGCGAGUGGGAGAAUUAUGAAGCCAAUUUCGUUACUGCUGCUGUGCAGCGUGAUUCUGGCAGCUCAGGCUGCUAGGGUCGAGCCUGACCUACUUGAAAGCAAAAGACUCAUCCAUCAGCAACUACUUGUCGACAAAGUUAAUGCUCAUCCGAGAGCGACAUGGAAGGCUGGUUUCAAUGAUCGUUUCGAAGGACACACUAUUGAGCAUUUGAAGAAGAUAUGCGGUGCCAAAAUGACACCCGCAAACGAGUUGGAGCCCUCGAUUGAGAGGGUUACUCAUAAGCACAAGAAGCUAGUACUGCCUAAGGAAUUUGACGCUCGUAAACACUGGGGUCAUUGUUCGACUAUUGGAGCUAUUUUAGAUCAGGGCCACUGUGGAUCAUGCUGGGCUUUUGGAGCAGCGGAAUCAUUGACUGAUCGCUUCUGCAUUCACAUGAAUGAGAGUGUGUCACUAUCAGAGAACGAUCUCCUAGCCUGCUGCGGAUUUGAGUGUGGCGAUGGUUGUGACGGUGGGUACCCCAUCAGAGCCUGGCGAUACUUCAAACGCACCGGAGUUGUGACAAGCAAGUGUGACCCAUACUUUGAUCAGAUAGGAUGCGGUCACCCAGGUUGCUACCCUACGUAUCGCACACCCAAAUGCGUGAAGCAUUGUGUGGACGAUGAGCUUUGGGUGAAGUCAAAGCAUCUUAGUGUGAAUGCGUACGAGGUAUCUAAGGAGCCUGAAGAUCUUAUGGCUGAGCUCUACACCAAUGGCCCUAUUGAAGUCUCUUUCGAAGUUUUUGAGGACUUUGCACAUUACAAAACUGGUGUGUACAAGCAUGUGUACGGUCGUUACAUAGGCGGUCAUGCUGUGAAGCUUAUCGGUUGGGGAACUACAGACGAUGGCGUGGAUUAUUGGACUAUCGUUAAUUCCUGGAAUACGAACUGGGGAGAGCACGGUCUAUUCCGUAUUGCGCGAGGGGGCAAUGAGUGUGGCAUUGAGAGCUAUGCUGUAGCUGGAUUGCCGUUUGAUAAAGGUCUCCACUCUGCCAUGUGAGAUGUGCUACACCUAUGAUACGUGAGCGUGCGGAUGCGUCUACAAUACUACUGAAAAUGGGCACUUAAAGCUUAGAAUGUGUUCUUUCUCGGCAGGUAAGGAAACACUUCACAUGGCAGCCUGUAGCACAUAGACUCAGCGGACCAACAGAAUGCCUCGGACCAUACUGUGAUAUAUUGUAAUCUUUGCCAUUGUGUAACUAUAUUGUGUAUUAUUGCGCAUUAAAAUUC